UGGGAGGGGGAGCUUAUUUGGUAACAUUUGUGUCUGAAUUGCAUUAUCCCUUCGCUACAGUGUGUCUAUCGAGGGGUGUUACAGGAGAGCCCUAGUUGCUGGUCCUAGCAGUUACCCUCCCUCUCCCCUUUGUCUUUGUCAUUCCGGAUUCUCUCUCUCCUCGUGUUUGUUGGCGCUGGGAAGUCAUGGCCGUGGAGUACCACCAUCUGCAACUGGGCUAAAGAAAGGGACCAGGAUUUAUCUCCUGUGUUCCAUUUCACAUCCCAGGACCGCCACCAUUCCCCACCCGUCCCAGGGCUUGGUGCAACCGGCCCCGCUUAAACAGAUCAAAAGAGGGCGAGCGAGGGGGAGAAACUGACCAGGCAAGGGGUAAUUCCGCGCCAGAGUCAAUUUCUACCCCCUGCUCAUCCUCCUCUUCCCCCACCCCGCCCCCAAACAGUGUGUGCCGCAGAUCCACACCCCCACCACCCCACUUCCCUCCCCGUCUCCCAUCGAGUCAAAACUGUUAGCUUUGCGGAAACCCACUGUCAUCUUGUAAAACCGCGUGGAAAGCGGGGGCAGAGCGCCCCCCCUUCCACUCCCUCUCUCUCCGGAGUGGAUUGAAACAGCCCCCUCCCUCCCCCUGUAGUUAUAUCCAUUGAAUGUGCAAAGAUGGAGCCGGGAAUGGAUAAGGAAUGCGGAGCUCUCGGUGGCCUCUUCCAGGCUGUCAUUAAUGACAUGAAGGGCUCCUAUCCAAUCUGGGAGGACUUCAAUGCCAAGGCUGCUAAGCUUCACUCUCAGCUCAGGACCACUGUGCUUGCAGCAGCUGCAUUCUUGGACGCCUUUCAGAAAGUGGCAGACAUGGCGACAAACACACGAGGUGCCACUCGAGAGAUCGGCUCAGCUCUGACCCGAAUGUGCAUGAGGCAUCGCAGCAUCGAAGCCAAGCUCCGACAUUUCACCAAUGCCCUGAUGGAGAGUCUGAUAAACCCUUUACAGGAUAGGAUAGAGGACUGGAAGAAAUCAGCCAAUCAGCUGGAUAAGGACCAUGCCAAAGAGUACAAGCGAGCGAGGCACGAGAUCAAAAAGAAAUCAUCUGACACGCUCAAGCUUCAGAAGAAAGCUCGGAAAGGUAAAGGUGACCUGAGGCCACAGGUGGAGAACGCAGUUCAGGAUGUGAAUGACAUGUACCUGUUACUGGAGGAGACUGAGAAGCAGGCCGUGCGGAAAGCCCUGAUUGAGGAGCGAGGCCGAUUCUGCACUUUCAUCACCUUCUUACAGCCUGUGGUGGACGGAGAGAUUGCAAUGCUGGGGGAGAUCACUCACCUACAGGCGAUUGUAGAUGAUCUUAUUGUUCAGACUGCGGAACCUCACAAGCUGCCUCCAACCAGUGAGCAGGUGAUUAAGGAUCUGAAGGGAUCUGACUAUAGCUGGUCCUAUCAGACUCCUCCAUCUUCACCCAGCAGCUCCAGUUCCCGAAAAUCCAGCAUGUGCAGCAGUGUAAACAGUACAAACAGUAGCACUUCUCGCUCCAGUGGUUCCCAAACUCACUCACCAAGUUCAAACUAUCGCUACCGCAGCUUGGCCCAUCCUGCGAGUGCCAGCACCCGCCUUUCCAGUGUCUCCUCACACGACUCUGGCUUCGUAUCCCAGGACGCCAUGUAUUCCAAACCGCCGUCACCGAUGCCAUCGGAUAUUACCAGCCAGUUCAUGCCUGGGUAUGUGUAUUGCCAUCUUCCUAGUGAGUGCUGUUCACCUGCGUUCUCUGGCUCUGCUCCCAUUAUCCCUGACAUAAAGGCUUGCACUGAGCCUAAUUCUGCUGUGCUCCCUGAUCCCCUUCCCUUUAACCAUUCCCUCGGACCUGGCACUGCUCUCUCAUCAACGAUCCCUAGUUGGAAGGAUUGGUCAAAGCCUGGCCCAUAUGACCAACCAACGGUGAACACUUUGCAGAGACGCAAGGAAGCAGUGGAACGCUAUCGGGAGGCAGAGGCAGUCUCGGGCACCGUGGUCUAUGCGGGGAUUGGUGUGGAUGAGAUACAGAGGCCUCGCAUGACAGCAGCAUCACUUGCUGCUAAGGUACAGUAUCACGGGGAGGAAAUCUCUACAGCAGCCAGCGACCUGGCCAUGGUGCUGACCCGUGGGCUCAGCCUUGAACACCAGAAGAGUAGCCGUGAUUCUCUGCAGUACUCCAGCGGUUAUAGCACCCAAACCACGACUCCAUCCUGCUCCGAAGACACCAUUCCUUCCCAAGUUUCAGAUUACGAUUGCUACUCGGUGAACGGCGACGUGGAGGCGGAGCACCAGAGCGAGUUUGACAGGUCGUCGACCAUCCCACGAAACAGCGACAUCGCGCAGAGUUACCGCAGAAUGUUCCAGACCAAGCGGCCGGCCUCGACGGCGGGGCUGCCCUCGGGCGGCAGCGCGCCAGCCGUAUCUGUCACCCCAGGGGUCGCCACCAUCCGGCGCACGCCAUCCACCAAGCCGUCGGUGCGCCGGGCCCUGUCCAACGCGGGCCCCAUCCCCAUCCGGCCUCCCAUCGUGCCUGUGAAGACCCCCACGGUUCCUGACGGCCCCGGGCCGAUGAGGGUGGGCAGCGAGGAGUGCGUGUUCUUUGGCGGCGAAGACACCUCGCCGAGCACCGCGGAGUAUGCCAAGUCGUCGCCCAAGCGGCUGAGCCUGCCGAACACCGCGUGGGGGGGCGCCACCGCAGAGGUCUCGGUGUAUCCAGGGGGCACCGUCGCCGCGCUCUCCAGCGAGGAGGAGCAGCAGCUGGCCGCCAACCGCCACAGCCUGGUCGAGAAGCUCGGCGAGCUGGUGGCCAGCGCCCAGGCUCUGGGCGACGGACAGUUCCCCUUCCCCACGGUGCCUGACACCAGCAGCCUGCCACCCUCUCCUGGCGAGGACAUGCUCACCGCCAUUCGCCGAGGGGUAAAGCUCCGCAGGACCGUCACCAAUGACAGGUCGGCGCCCAGGAUUUUGUGACGUUGUGGUGGCCGCCCAACUCUUGCGAGCGCCAUUUGAUCGAACACUUGAGUCAACCAGGUUGGUUUCCAACACAGUGCCAUGAACUAAACCUUUUGAACCAAGCGACUGUGGUGUGGUGGAGUGAAGUAUUUUAAAUUAAGAUAUGGCAGAUUUUAAAAUGAGUGUACUAUCGUUAGUUCUAAAGAGCAAAUUUAACACUUUGUCCCUCACAGAUGUUCUAUCAGCCAUUUAACUGACUCACCUGUUUUGUGGCGUUUUCUUUUCAGCUUUUUGCGGUAUUUUGUGCGACUACAAAAAAAAAGAGAAAAAGUUUAACGUGCUGCGUGUUAGCUUCACUGAGGGUGGUUUGCGCUCGAGUCCUCAGUGUGUCACUCUCUCUGACCAUCUUCCCCCAGUCAGGUCCUGUCUGAGCUGCAGCAACAGGGAUGUGGGAAUAAAAAGAGAAGAUCGGGUCCUCCAGAGCAGCGAUGGAGGUUUUGAAGGGAAUAUAGAAGAGAUUUAGCCAAGGCGAGGGCAAGGUGGAGCAUUCUCUGCUGUCCUGUACAUGAGUGUUCCCUACUCAGGUCAAGGAGGGAGUUGAGAGUUCAAAGCCAAACCUCAGUGGUUGCUGCCUCUCCCCAAGUAAUGUUACUUUUAAGUUGAGGAGAAAACCCAUGACUCAAUUAUGUGUAUUCGUUAACACCUAACCUUCAGGACCUAACUUGUGAAGAUAGAUGCUGUGGGCUCCCAACUUGUAGAUGAUCUUACCAUGCAUACUUUGUCCACCGUUUAGUCGCCUACUGGACUAUUUUGGUAGCAGAAUUGAAUGGGCACACAUCAAUAAAUAGAAUGCUCACCUUUCAAAUCACUAAUUCCGCAACUUCAUGUCGUAAGUUUAACAGAUAUGUUGUUAGAGCUGUUAUGCGGUGAUAAUGCUUCAUUAAAAAUCCGUGUGGACAGAGGAAUGUAAUCUAUGUCAAUAACAGCCCAGUUAAAUCUCUGUUUACAUUUCUCUUUCUGCUGGCCUUUUAUUUACAACUUUAAAAAGACAUGUUUUGAAUAAACAGUGGUGGGGUAGAUUGAUGCUUCACUGAUCACAGAAUCAGACGGUGAAAUGUGAGCUCUGUCACUUCUACUGAUUUCUCCGCAUACAGAUUUUGUGACACAUGGCACUACUACUCUGAAACAUGGACCAGGAAAACCGGCAGCAAGUCAUUACCGUAGCGAAGGGCCUGAGGGAGGCAAGCUCAAAUUUCUAAUCUGAGACACCAAGAACUGCAGAUGCUGGAGUCAGAGGUAACAAAGUGUGGAGCUGGAAGAACACAGCAG